UCUUCGAAAAGAAACAAAAAGCGAAGAAGAACACAAGAAAAAACACUCAACAUUAGUAUAUUCCGAUUUUAACCCUGACUAACUCCGCUUAUAUCAAACUCAACACUCUUCUUCACUUCGAUAUAUCCGCCUGCCUCCUUCUUCUCCAACAACAGUCUCCCUCGAUUUCUCCAAUCUCACGGAGCUCUCUCUGCAAUGUCGCACUCCAUCCAACUCUCAACUCCUUCACGCACUCUCCACCUCCCUCACUCCCCUCUCCACCGCCCCCUCUCUUCCUUCUCCUUCCGCCAAUUCCCUCUUCCCUCCACCCUCAAGUACACCUCACUCCGAGCUUCCUCCUCUCCCGACUCCUCCUCCACCUCCACCUCCUCCCUUCUCCACUCUCCCAACGGCUCUCCCGCAGAGGAGAAACCCUCCUCCUCCUCUGCCAUCGACGUCGACACAGUCACCGAAUCCGAGCUCAAGGAGAACGGGUUCAGAAGCACGAGGAGAACCAAGCUGAUCUGCACCAUCGGACCCGCCACGUGCGGGUUCGACCAGCUCUCGGCUCUCGCCGAGGGAGGCAUGAACGUCGCCAGGCUCAACAUGUGCCACGGCACUCGCGACUGGCACCGUGACGUCAUCCGCAGCGUCAGGAGGCUCAACGAGGAGAAAGGGUUCGCCGUCGCGAUCAUGAUGGACACCGAAGGCAGCGAGAUUCACAUGGGAGAUCUCGGCGGCGAUGAUGCCUCGGCUAAGGCGGAGGAUGGUGAGGUUUGGACGUUUACCGUUAGAGCUUUUGAUGCUUCUCGUCCUCAACGUACCAUUAGUGUCAGUUAUGAUGGUUUCGCUGAAGAUGUGAGAGUUGGUGAUGAGCUUCUUGUUGAUGGUGGGAUGGUUAGAUUUGAUGUGAUUGAGAAGAUUGGUCCUGAUGUCAAGUGUCUGUGUACUGACCCUGGUUUGUUGCUUCCUCGAGCUAACUUGACUUUCUGGAGAGAUGGGAGUCUUGUACGUGAGCGUAACGCUAUGCUCCCUACCAUUUCCUCCAAGGACUGGUUAGAUAUUGACUUUGGGAUUGCUGAAGGUGUAGACUUCAUUGCUGUAUCCUUUGUCAAGUCUGCUGAAGUAAUUAAUCAUCUUAAAAGUUAUCUUGCUGCUCAUUCCGGUGGAGAGGACAUAGGAGUGAUUGCAAAGAUCGAGAGUAUCGAUUCCCUGACAAACUUGGAAGAGAUUAUUCUGGCAUCAGACGGAGCCAUGGUCGCAAGAGGUGACCUGGGAGCUCAGAUACCUCUCGAGCAAGUUCCAGCAGCUCAACAGAGAAUCGUCAAAGUCUGCAGAGAGCUUAACAAACCCGUCAUCGUCGCCUCGCAGCUACUCGAGUCAAUGAUCGAGUACCCAACUCCAACCAGAGCAGAAGUAGC